GAACACAACUCCAACAUGAGUCACUGUGAUGAGAGAGAGAUGGACUGGAAAGAGAAAGAAGAGUAUGGUGCAGGACCCAGCUGUGUGUCAAUGAAGAGUGACCAGUCCAUGGUGUUCCCUACUAAUUUCAGUGAUGGAGCAGUGACCUCUGACCCCAGAUCUGUGCCGUCCUCUACAUUCCAGUAUCAGACGCACAUCAGGGAGGAUAAAACUGAAGCAGUCAUGCAGAAACACACACAAGACACUGGAGACCUGCAGAGAUUCAAAGACCAGCACAAAACUAGAAUGAAGAACAAGUAUGAGAGAUUGUUUGAAGGGAUGAAACUCCAAGAGAACAAAACCCUCCUGAACAGGAUCUACACACAGCUCUACAUCAUAGAGGGAGAGAGUGAAGGAGUGAAUGAAGAACAUGAGGUUUUACAGAUGGAGAAAACAGCCAGAACAAAACACUCACAAGACACUCCAAUCUACUGCAAUGACAUCUUUAAAGCCUCACCUGAACCAGGAUGUGAGGAGAAAGACCAAAUCAAGACUGUUCUUACUAAAGGCAUCGCUGGAAUCGGAAAAACCGUCUCUGUGCAGAAGUUCAUUCUGGACUGGGCCGAGGGAAAAGACAAUCAGGAUGUAGAUUUCAUGUUUGUGCUUCCAUUUCGAGAGCUGAACUUGAUCCGAGAUCAUCAGUACAGUCUUCACAGACUUCUGCUGGACUUUCAUCCUGAACUUCAAGAUCUGGACUCAAAGAUUUAUGAGGAGUGUAAAGUUGUGUUCAUCUUUGAUGGUCUGGAUGAAAGCAGAAUCACACUGAUGUUUUCAGAUGAUCAGAAAGUUUGUGAUGUGACUGAGACUUCAUCAGUGGGUGUGUUGAUGUCAAACCUCAUGAAAGGAGAGCUGCUUCCCUCUGCUCUCAUCUGGAUCACCUCCAGACCAGCAGCAGCCAAUCAGAUCCCCUCCAAAUACAUCAACCGUCUGACAGAAAUUCAGGGAUUCAAUGAGUCUCAGAAGGAGGAAUAUUUCAGGAAGAGAAUCAGUGACCAGCAUCAAGCCAGCAGAAUCAUCUCACACAUCAGAAGAGCAAGAAGCCUCCACAUCAUGUGCCACAUCCCCGUCUUCUGCUGGAUCUCAUCCACUGUGCUUCAGAAGCUCCUGAAAGAAGAUCUGAGUGCAGAAAUCCCUCAAACUCUGACUGAAAUGUACAUCCACUUCCUGCUGAUUCAGAUCAACAUGAGGAAUCAGAAGUAUGAAGAGAGAGAUCCAGAGAAACUCCUGCAGUCCAACAGAGAAGUGAUUGUGAAACUUGCUGAAGUGGCUUUCAAACAGCUGAUGAAGGGCAAUGUGAUGUUCUAUGAGGGGGACCUGAUUGAGAGCGGCAUAGACAUCACUGACGCCUCAGUGUAUUCUGGGAUUUGCACUGAGAUCUUUAAGGAGGAAUCAGUGAUUCAUCAGAGGAAAGUCUACAGCUUCAUUCAUCUGAGCGUUCAGGAGUUUCUCGCUGCUUUCUAUUCAUUUUGUCAUUUUGGAAUGAUACGCAUUGAUACAUUGCAGUUUUGUGAUGUGAUACAUAAUCUGCAUAGAGAUGCAGUAGAUAAAGCCCUUAAGAGUGAGAAUGGCCAUCUGGAUCUGUUCCUGCGGUUCCUGCUGGGCGUCUCACUGGAGUCCAAUCAGAGACUCUUACAGGAUCUACUGACACACACAGAGAACAGCUCAGAGAGCAUCAGGAGAACCACACAGUACAUUAAAGAGAAGAUCAAAGAUGGACAUGGACUCUCCACUGAAAGAUCCAUCAAUCUGUUCCUCUGUCUGCUGGAAGUGAAAGAUCAGACUCUGUCCAGAGAGAUUCAGGAGUUUGUGAAAUCAGACAAACACUCAGAGAAGAAACUCUCUCCUGCUCACUGCUCAACAAUCGCCUACAUGCUUCAGAUGUCAGAGGAGGUGCUGGAUGAGCUGGACCUCAAGAAAUACAACACAUCAGAUGAGGGGAGAAGAAGACUGAUACCAGCUGUGAUCAACUGCAGAAAAGCUCUUCUUGCUGGCUGUAAUCUCACUGCUCAGGAUUGUGAAAUUGUAUCAUCAGCUCUACAAUCCUCAAACUCUGUUCUGAGAGAACUGGAUCUGAGUAACAAUGACCUGCAGGACUCUGGUGUGAAGAUUAUUUCUGAUGGACUGAAGAGUCAAAACUGUCAGCUGGAGAUACUGAGUUUGUCUGGCUGUAUGGUGACAGAAGAAGGCUGUGGUUAUUUGUCUUCAGCUCUGAGUUCAAACCCCUCACACCUGAGAGAGCUGGAUCUGAGCUACAAUUACCCAGGACAAUCAGGAGUCCAGCUGCUCAAACACAAACUGGACGAUCCAAAAUAUAAACUGCAGAUACUCAAUCUUGCUGGUUGUAAUCUCACUGUUCAGGAUUGUGAAAUAGUAUCAUCAGCUCUACAAUCCUCAAACUCUGUUCUGAUAGAGCUGGAUCUGAGUAACAAUGACCUGCAGGACUCUGGUGUGAAGAUUAUUUCUGAUGGACUGAAGAGUCAAAACUGUCAGCUGGAGAUACUGAGAUUGUCUGGCUGUAUGGUGACAGAAGAAGGCUGUGGUUAUUUGUCUUCAGCUCUGAGUUCAAACCCCUCACACCUGAGAGAGCUGGAUCUGAGCUACAAUCACCCAGGACAAUCAGGAGUCCAGCUGCUCAAACACAAACUGGACGAUCCAAAAUAUAAACUGCAGAUACUCAAUUUUGACUAUGGAGGACAUUUCAGAAUCAAACCAGGACUGAGAAAAUAUGCCUGUGAUCUCACACUGGAUCCAGACACAGCACACACUCAACUCAUCCUGUUUGAAGGGAACAAAAAAACAACAUGUAUAAAAGAUUGUCAGCCGUAUCCUGAUCAUCCAGACAGAUCUGAUGACCGGGAACAGAUCCUGUGUGGAGAGAGUCUGACUGGACGCUGUUACUGGGAGGUUAAAUGGGAAGGCUCAGGUAAUGUAGCGAUUACAUAUAAAGACAUCAGCAGGAAAAGUGGAAUUAACAGUUCGUUUGGAUUCAAUGAAAAGUCCUGGAGUCUAAAUUGUUCUGAUAUGAAUUAUACUGUCUGGUACAAUAAUAACAACACUGAUGUAUCUGACCUGUCAACCCGCUCUAAUAGAGUAGGAGUGUAUCUGGACUGUCCGUCCGGCAUUCUGUCCUUCUACAGCGUCUCUGACACACACACACUCACACACAUUUACACAUUCAACACCACAUUCACUGAACCCCUCUAUGCUGGAUUUGUGUUUUAUCCUGAUUCUUCAGUGUCUCUGUGUCAGAUUUAACAACCUCGUGUG